CGAAUGAAAAAUGUGCAAAAUAUUCAAAUAUUUUAUACGAUUAAUCGAUUCAUCAUCAGAAUGAUCAAUUACUAAAAUAGUCGUUAGUUUCAGCCCUAAUUAAAACUCCUGAUUAACGAAGUUUAUACCCAUUAUGAAUGUAUUUUUAAACAUCCUAUUGGAGCUGUAGGUCUAAAAACCUGCUGAUAGUUUUGUAUUUGAAUGUUCUCUGUGUCCCAAACUUAUCUAAUAGUUUUUGGAGAACAGAUGAACAGGUGUGGAGGUUAUCUUAUUGAUUCAGCCCACAGCGCAGAGACCCACCCACUCUCCCCUCCUGUCACUUGCUUUUGUUGUGGUUUCUGUCGAUGGUUUGGCCCACAGAGCCAGCCCUGGCUGGCCCUGCUGCCAUGGCAACCAGGAAAUACUCACCGCCGUCAAAGUAGUUGUAGUGUCCGCGAGAGAGGGGGGCAGAGAUCGGAGCAGAACGUGGGGAGGCGGAGUCUAGACGGACCACAGCAGCAGAAGGGAUCGAUUUCCACAUUCGGCUGUGCUGAACCUCGUCCUCCUGUAGAGAUGGCUGCCAGCUCUGCUGCGCCGGUCAAAAACGUGGUGGUGUUCAGGAAUGGAGAUCCUUUCUUCGGCGGACGCAGGUUUGUGGUCAACCAGCGUCAGGUGGCCACCAUGGAGGCCUUUCUGAACGAGGUGACCCAGAGCAUCGGCGCCCCGCUGGCUGUCCGGACCCUGUACACCCCCCGGCAGGGCCACAGGGUCUCAGACCUCCACGACCUCCAGACGGGAGCGCAGUACGUCGCUGCCGGCUUCGAGAGGUUCAAGAAACUGGACUAUCUGCAUGCAGGGUUAAAAAAGCAGCCUGGAGCUCGUAAUGAAGCACAGGUAAAAGUCAUCCAGAGGCCCAACGUUUCAGCCAAAUGGAGGAAGUUUAUUCCUGUUCCUUGCAUUAUACAUGUAUUCCGUAAUGGAGAUCUUCUGUGUCCACCUUUCCGGUUCAUCAUUCCUCGGAGUUUGCAGCAGGACCUGGAUCAAAUCCUGAGUCUGAUCACCGAGAAAGUCAGCUUACGGACUGGAGCGGUGCGAAGGCUGUGCUCUCUGGAUGGAGUCUCUGUUUCCUCGGCCGGGGAGCUGCAGACCGGCUGCUGCUACGUUGCUGUGGGAACCGAAAGGUUCAAGAAACUUCCAUAUGUGGAGUUACUGGUUUCAAAAGCUAUAGAGAGACAUUAUCCUGAGAAGAGGAAACUGCUGAGGAGAACACAGAACAGAAAAGCAGGAAGCGGUCCUGAAGACCGGUACAGUGACUCAGCUCUCCUCGACUCCUCAGAGUCCGAUGGCCGGAGGGUGAAGUCGACAGGAGAUGAAGCUGCGGCUCUUCAGGCGUCGCAGCAGCUGAGCAGGAGGGAGAGAGCGGACGAGGCGUCCGGAUACUUCGCCCGGCCCGUUAAAGUUCGCAAGAACAGAACGCAAAGCAGACUGCUGCUCACUGACGGACCUGGUAAGCCAGGUGUGCUCAAAGCAGAGGAACGGACAAACAGAGAGGAGGCUCAAGGUGCAGAGGAGGUGCAGGAGGAUGAGAAUACGGCUACAGAGCUUCCUGUUGAUCAGACAGUUGCAGAAAUAGUUGAAGAUGAAGACUUAAGCAACACAGAGGCUCCGGUGCAGAACUCUCCACAGAGACAUGCAGAAAAGAGCGAGCAGCAGCAUCAACAGGAGCCCAGUGGAAAGCAGGUGAAAGCAUCUGAACAGCAGCAGGAGUCAGCAGCUCAGAUCCUGAAAGAGGCUGAACUGAAGCCGAAAUCGUCACCGUCCCACUCAGAAGGGAAGAUCAGGAAAGAGCAGGAAGGAGAGCAUCAUUUCUGAUGGAAAGUCAAUGAAAAGUCAGAUGUUUUCAUCGUAUGCAAAUUGUUAGUUUAAUACAUGAGCAAAAAAAUUUUUUUUGUUUGAAUCAAAUAAAAAUUAGAUGUGUUUGAGGAAACAAGCAGUUUCUGUCAAAGUAGUUUAGUACUAAAGUAUAUGACAUUUAAAGUGACAAAGUCAUUUAUGUCUUAAAUCCAUGAAAUAAUGUAAUUAAAGUUUAUAUUCCUUUGUAUGUCGGCUGUCCUUUUAAUCUAUUGUUUCUUAUAAAGUCAACUCAGCAAUUUAAAAAAUAAAGGCUACUUGGUCAUGUUUAUGUAUUAAAGUCUGAUAUUUAAUCAAAAAUAAAUAUGGAGUGAAUUGUUUUUAUUUUAAUUUAAAACAAAAUAAAUGAGAUUC